GAGAAAAUGUUCAAAACAAGUAUUUGAAAAAAUGUUAAUCAUGUAUUUUAAAAUUUUAAAUGUAUAUAAAAGAAUGUUUUAGAUGUAAAGAAUAUAUACAAUGUGUAUGGAAACAAAUAGAUAUGAAAACAUAUAUCUGAUUUUUUUAAACAUGUAUUAAAAAUGUUAAACAUAUAUAAAAAAUAUUCCUGAUGUAUACGAAAAAUGUACAUGGUGUAUUAAAAAAUAGAUAUUUUGGUAAAAAGAAAACAAAAGAAGAAAACUACUACCUCCGUCCCAUAAUAUAAGAACGUUUUUCGAGCUAAUAUAGUUUGAGAAAUGUUCUUAUAUUAUGGAACAGAGGGAGUAGUUAAAACCAAAGAAGGAAACAAAGAAAACCAGAGAAAACAAAGAAAAACGAAAAAAAAACCCCAAAGGGAACUGAUGCUACAAAGGUGAAUAUCCCACACGAAAAAAAUCAUGCCCAGCUACAGUGUUAGGCUGGCCCAAUAGAGCGGUUCCUAAUAAGAAUAUACGCAUUUCCUUCCCUCAAAAAAUAAAAAUAAAAUAAAAUACACAUAGCUCUCACGGUGCUCAAGCGUGUUUGCUCGGAACGGAGCACUUGGGAAAUUCAAAAUAUAGAUGGGAUCCAUUCGCUCCAUUCCAUGUGUACAAACCCUACAAAUCCCCUCCCACCUUCCCUCGAUCCACCAAGAACCCUAGCUAGAGCAGGGAGCAGAUCAGGCGGCUGCCCUCCGUGAUGGCGAACUUCAGGAUGGACGAGGACGACGAGUUGUUUCACCGCUACGAACCUGAGGUGCUGGCCGCCAACGGCAUCGACUAUCCCCCCCGCGAUGCUAGGAUGCGCAUCAAGUGGUGGGCUUUUCUGAUGCAAGUGGAGGGUAAUUUGAGACCUACAAAUAUGUCGGUACCUUCGGCAAAGAUCAUCAGGUACCCAGAUCAAAUGGAGAAGGCAUGGGGAUGGUGGAGGCUGCUGCCGAUCUAUCAGGGCCUCGGUCCGGACAUGCCCCUGUACCGGGAGUACCUCUGCGAGUACUACCUCCGCAAUCCUCCUGAAUCUGUUGAUGACUCUGCCUGUACUGAGCACAAGUUUGUGGUCCGAUCUGCAUGGACAAAUGAGAAUGGCCGUCUCAUUCCUCUCGCCCGCAAGUGCCUGGAGAUGGAGGCCAAGUUCAUCGGUCUGUGUGAGAGGAACAAGAUAAAAUUAACUGACACUGAGACUGCCCUGAGCCACAAAAUCAAGCAGCAUGCGCAGGACAUAGUUGAUGGAGCGUGUGAAUAUGCUGGUGCAUAUGCUGCCGCUGCUGCUUUGGUGUGUAUCUGCAAAGAGGCUGAGUUGAUGUGCGAGAGGGCUAUGUGCGGGAGAUACAACUCUGGUAACAUGACUUGCAUGCUCUGCAAUCAGAUCAGAGAGCAUGCCAUCAGUCUUAUGUUGUACAAAGGGUCUGGAUCCAUCGCCGCCGCUGCUGGUGCCGCCAUGGUGGGCGCUGCAAAGGAGGCAAAGCUGUUACGUGAGAAUCUGUGCAAUCUAGGCUGUGACGAAGAAAUGUCUGUUUCCAUUCGGGAGGAAGCCUGUUGCAUUCUGCAGGACAUGCGCACUGAAGCUCUUGGUGCUAAUGGGAAGAACAGCAUUGCUGCUGCUGCUGCUGCUGCUAAUGGAGCAGAGAAAUCUACUAGGUACGGUCUAUAAACAGGAAUCAUGUCGCGAGUCAAAAAGGUCUUACUGGAUGCAUGUUGCAGUUGCUUGUUUGAACGGAAAUAGAGAAAAUACAACUUGUGAAAUGCUCGUAUCGAUAUUUGUCCCUGAAUGCAUCGGAAUUUUCCUUUUUGUAUUAUUUUCACCUUUUCAUCAA